AUGUCGACGAUGCCCGCCUCCCACGGCCACAACGAGGCCUGCUGCAACAUCCCGCCCGUCGUGCACAAGGGCUACAAGCCCAAAGGUGCCUAUGAAGAGCUCGGCGGCUACAAGACGUACGUCACGGGCCCUGCCGACGCCACCAAGGCGAUUGUAAUCAUCUUCGACAUCUUCGGCUACUUUGACCAGACGCUCCAGGGGGCAGACAUCCUUGCCCUUGGCGACAACGACCGCAAGUACAAGGUCUUCAUUCCCGACUGGUUCAAGGGAAAGCCGUGUCCCAUUGAGUGGUACCCGCCCAACUCGGAGGAGAAGAAGAAGAACCUCGGCAAGUUCUUCGAGACGUUUCCCCCGUCGACGAUCGCCGGCUACGUUCCCGAUUAUGUGCAGGCGAUGAAGGCCGAGAAUCCAUCCGUCAAGGCCUGCGGCAUCGUUGGUAUGUGCUGGGGCGGCAAGGUUGUCGCCCUCUCCGUCAAGGCGCCCUCCAACCCUUUCUCCGCCGCCGCCAUGGUUCACCCGGCCAUGGUCGACGCCGCCGACGCGGACGGCAUUAGCACUCCCCUCGCGCUGCUUGCGUCCAAAGAGGAGCCCGUGGACGAGGUCCAGAAGUUCAAGGAUGCUCUCGCCGGGCCCAAGCACGUUGAGAUAUUCAAGGACCAAAUCCACGGCUGGAUGGCGGCCCGGUCCGACCUGAGCGAUGCGCAUGUCCGCGACGAGUACAUGCGCGGCUACAAGACGCUACUGGCAUUUUUCGCCAAACACCUGUAA